AAGAGUUACUUUCAUAUACAAAAGAUUAACUAUCUUGGAUUCACAAUCAAGCUAGAAUGCAUUAAGCUACAGAAAGAUAAGAUAGAAGCUAUUAGGAAUUGGCUAGUUUCCAGGAAUAUUAGAGAUAUUAGAUUUUUUCUCGAAUAUAUUAACUUCUACAAAUAA